GAGUUACAGAAUUUGGUCUCCAGGCACCCCAACCUGGUCAUCAUCCCGCUCGAAGUCACCGACCCUGCCAGCAUCAAGGCGGCUGCCGGCCGAGUCGGGGGCUGGGGCAGUGGGAAGAUGAGGGAGGUUGUUGAUGGUGCCCAGCGUUGCCCGCUGUGCAAGGAGUUGGUCCUCUCCCCCGUGUCACCUAUGUGCACACCCCUAUCUCCUCUGCUCUCCUCUCCUCUCUUCUCCUCGCAGGCGUUCCUGCCCUUGCUGAAGAAGGCUGCCCGGGAGCUGAGCUGCAGCAAGGCAGCCAUCACCAACAUGUCCAGCUCUGCAGGCUCGAUUGAGGAAGUCUAUUUAUGGGAUUAUGGGCAAGUUGUCUCCUACCGCUGCAGCAAGGCUGCUCUGAACAUGCUGACCAAGUGCCAGUCCCUGGGGUACCGGCAGCACGGCGUCCUCUGCGCUGCUCUCCACCCUGGCUGGGUGCAAACCGACACGGGGAGCUCAGGAUCACAAAAGCCCCCUGUGAUGGUGGACGAGAGCGUGCGAGGGAUGCUGAAGGUGCUCUCCUCCCUCUCUGAGAAGGAGACCAGGACCUUCCUGGACUGGGAAGGGAAGGUUGUGCCCUGGUGA